AUGGGAAAAGUUGAAGGACAAGGAGAGUCAUGGCAUGGUCAUGUCACUACAGUAUCUGUAGCUUCUGAAUUUUCAGGCAACAAAUCAGCCAAGAAACUCAUGAACUUGCUUGAGGACAUCAGUGACAAGAUUGAUAAGGCUUAUUUCGUUGAUCUUUUUGUGAGAGCUUCAAAUACACCUGCUAUCAAGAUGUAUGAAAAGCUUGGCUAUAUAGUUUAUAGAAGGGUAAUACGUUAUUACUCUGCAAAAGAGGGUGGAUUGGGUGAGCUAAAGCUUUUAUCUCGAGAUGUAGAAAAGAAGUCUGUUGUUCCUCUCAAUCAGCCAAUUACAUUAAAAUUUAAAUAUGUUUUUCUUGAUUGA